CUGACAAAGAAAGAAAAUAGACUCUGAAAUGCUUAGUAGUGAUGCAGAAACUGCUGCGCAUAAGCUCAUCAGGCCCCAUUCACUGCAAGUCGCCUAAGACCGCCCCUCUUUCUUAUCCUAUCCCCUUUGCCUCAAACUUUCUAUCCAAAGCUCUCACCGACUCACCUUCAAGAAUGCACACUGCUGCAACCGCAGCUUUUACCGCCGCCGCCGGCGUCUCCGGCUCAGCCCUCGCCGCUACUAUUCACAACAAACCCGCUUCCAGUACUCCCCUCACUCGCUUCAACUGCGGCCUCUGCCAAUGCCCUGUCUCUGUGGGCGGCAGAUCCCCGUCCCGGGCUUGGCUUGUCCUCAAAGACUCGGGCUUGGGGUCCCGCUCGGCGUGGCUGCAUACGAGCUCUGAUGGGUCAUUUUCUGUUUCCGCUGCCGAGAGUUGCGGGGGGUUAGAAGAGGGUUUUGAGGGUUUGGGCACUGGCGCCGGUGAAAACCCUGAAAAGGGUUCGGGGGAGCAGAAGCCGAAUAGGUUGAGCCGGAGACAAAGGGGCUCCGUGGACGGUGGUUUGUUGGCCGGAAACCCGGACUUGUUGGCUAUUCCUGGCGUGGGGCCAAGGAACUUGAGGAAGCUGGUGGAAAAGGGUAUUGGGGGAGUUGCCGAGCUCAAGCAAUUGUAUAGAGAUAAGUUCUUUGGAAAAUCUAGUGAGAAGAUGGUUGAGUUCUUACAAAGUUCUGUAGGAAUCAUCCACAAAAACCAUGCUGAGAGUAUUACUACUUAUAUUAAAGAGAGUGUUGAUGAAGAGUCAAAAGAGGACAUCUCUAACUCGGAACCAAAGCUAAUGCAGAAGAAAAGACUUACUUUUUGCGUUGAAGGAAAUAUCAGCGUUGGAAAGUCAACAUUUCUUCAGAGAAUAGCAAAUGAAACACUUGAGUUAAGAGACCUUGUUGAGGUGGUUCCAGAACCUAUUAAUAAGUGGCAGGAUGUUGGACCCGACCAUUUUAAUAUAUUGGAUGCUUUCUAUGCUCAUCCAGAGAGAUAUGCCUACACCUUCCAGAAUUAUGUUUUUGUUACAAGGUUGAUGCAGGAGAGAGAAUCCUCUGGUGGUAUCAAGCCCCUCCGGUUGAUGGAAAGGAGUGUUUUUAGUGACAGGAUGGUUUUUGUUCGAGCGGUUCAUGAAGCGAAAUGGAUGAAUGAGAUGGAGAUCAGUAUCUAUGACUCAUGGUUUGACCCAGUUGUAUCAUCCUUGCCCGGGCUUGUCCCUGAUGCUUUCAUAUAUCUUAGAGCAAGUCCUGACACUUGUCACCAGAGAAUGAAGCUACGCAAGAGAGCAGAGGAAGAUCAAGUCAGCCUAGAGUAUCUCCGUGGUUUACAUGAAAAGCAUGAAAGCUGGCUCUUCCCAUUUGAGAGUGGCAAUCACGGUGUAUUGUCCAUUAGUAAGCCUGCCUUGAAUAUAGACAGCGGAUUACCUCCUGAUAUCAGGGACCGUGUGUUCUACUUGCAGGGUGAUCAUAUGCAUUCAAGCAUUCAGAAGGUUCCUGCUUUGGUUCUUGACUGUGAGCCAAACAUUGAUUUUAACAAAGACAUUGACGCAAAGAGGCAGUAUGCUCGACAAGUAGCGGAGUUUUUUGAGUUUGUGAAGAAAACACAAGAAGUUCCAUCAGGAAAUAGUUGUGCAGAAGCCAAGAAGACUAGCCAACGACAAAUACUGCUGCCACGAAAUGGAGAAUUAUGGGUUCCUGAUAAGCAUUUUCCUGGGUCAGCUCUCAAAUCUUUGGAUUUUAGGCGAGCCAUGUCUUUCUUGUCUGGCUAGCGGAUUUGAUUCCUCUAUUCUCUUGUUCGUUCGAGCUUUACUCAGAUUCACGUCACGAGUCAUCAGUUUCUGUAUCAAUUAUGUCUGGGUUACGAUGUGUUUAGAUCUUUGUGCUUGUAAAAAUAGGUUUUUCUAACCCUAGAGAUGUCGAGAAACUUGUGCUGUUGUUUAGUUAAUCGGAAUAUGGUCGAAACUUUUAUUAUUUUGAAUCGAAGCACUUUUAUCUA